AAAGAAAGAAAUGAACACAAACUCCCAAAAUUAGAAACGUUGAAAAUUGAAUAAAAAAGAAAGUCGGUUGCAAAAUAGAAUGAAAAAACUUUCAUACUCCAAGAGCGAAAUAAGAGAAGUGUUAAGAAAUAAAAUUAAAAACAAAGCAAAAAGAAGACGAAAUUAAUGCAAUAGAAAAAAAAAAAGAAGUAUUGGUGGUGGUGUGUGAAACAAGAUCUGUCUUUUUUCGAAAUCUGUGCAAUUCGUUCACAGAGUUGAGUGAACGACAAAAUUGACUAUUUAUGUUGGUUGUCCCCCUUUUUCAUGAAAACAGUGGAUACGCAAAAUUCCAAUCGAGAGGGUGUUGAAAGGAGUGACCUUUUCUAACCAAGUGGGAACUGUUAUCAAUAAAUACGACAAAUAAAAACCUGCUAAGUGCAAACGUAGCGAGAAUAAGUGGCAAAAAGAAAUUCAUGUGAGAUCAAUAAGAGUAAACGUAAGAACGUAAGAAAAUCGGCGAUUGGAAGCACGUGAGGAGAGAACACGCAAAUAUUUGGACUCCUUUCCAUACACACAUAAUUGGCUAUUGUGUUUUUUUCUUAAAAAGGGGCUUAACGAUAGCAAAUUUCGUCUCGUCUCGACUUUACUCUUAGCUUUUUCAUUUACUACCAAGUAUUAGGUGCUGAUGUUUACGGAAACCAAUAAAUCUGUCUCCUAAAAAAGCCAAAUAACAGCAAAAGUUAUUACAACGGCAGUAAAGGCAAUUUGGACUAUCGAUACAAUUUGCCCAUCAUGUCGUGGACAGAGCAAAAAGUGGAUCCAGAACUAAUAUUUACGAAGCAAGAACGUAUUGGGAAAGGAUCAUUUGGUGAGGUAUUUAAGGGCGUGGACAAUCGAAGUCAACAAGUAGUUGCUAUUAAAAUCAUCGAUUUAGAAGAGGCAGAAGAUGAAAUUGAAGACAUUCAACAAGAAAUUAUGGUUUUGUCACAGUGUGACUCUCCUUUUGUCACCAAAUAUUAUGGCUCUUUUCUUAAGGGUACCAAAUUAUGGAUUAUUAUGGAGUACCUGGGCGGUGGUUCGGCUUUAGAUCUUAUGAAAGCUGGUUCUUUCGAAGAAAUGCACAUUGCCAUUAUACUACGUGAAGUUCUUAAGGGGCUAGAUUAUCUUCAUUCGGAGCGUAAGCUUCAUCGCGAUAUCAAGGCCGCAAACGUACUGCUCAGUGAGAUGGGUGAUGUCAAGUUAGCUGAUUUUGGUGUUGCUGGACAAUUGACUAACACCACUUCGAAGCGCAAUACUUUUGUGGGCACUCCUUUUUGGAUGGCCCCUGAAGUAAUUAAACAAUCGAUGUACGACUCUAAGGCUGACAUUUGGUCACUGGGCAUAACUGCAAUAGAACUGGCGAAAGGUGAGCCACCUAACUCUGAACUGCAUCCUAUGCGUGUUUUGUUCCUCAUUCCUAAAAACAAUCCACCACAGUUGACUGGAAACUACACAAAGUCAUUCAAAGACUUUGUUGAAGCGUGCCUUAACAAGGAUCCUGAAAAUCGUCCUACAGCGAAAGAAUUACUUAAAUAUCCAUUUAUCAAGAAAGCUAAAAAAAAUUCGUACCUUAUUGAUCUUAUUGAUCGUUAUAAAAAAUGGAAAUUACAAAAAGGCGACGAGAGCGAGACAGAAUCCGAGAAUUCCGAUAGUGAUGAAUCGAAGCCUGGUUGCAAUAAUGAUGAGCCAUGGAUAAUGACAGUUAAAGGAUUGCAUGUAAAUAGUGAAACUUCGAAAAGUGUUUCCGUGAAUCAUUUUAAUCGUUUGGAUGAUCACGAAUUAAAGAUGGAAAAAUUGGUUCAAAAUAUGGAUGGUUUAGUGCCGAUAACACAUUCUGCUCAUCACGCUACAAAACAUCCGUCGAACACCUCGUCUAGUUCUCCAGCCGUAUCUCAUAUACGAGAAAAUAUUUCACCAAGUUUCUCGGCGUCAGUCCCUACACCAUCAAAUUCAUCUACACAAUCAAUGCCAUCAUCUGGUGCGACAGUAGUCUCAUCUGCGUCGGCAGCAGCGGCAUCUGCAUCAACGCCUUCCCGUGAUUCCAGUUAUCAUCACGCACAUCAGCAAUUAGCAUUGGGACAAAAACAUCAAACGCAACAGCAGCAGCAUCACCAAGAAGUUUCUGCAAGCAAUGUCGAAUCGAAAUCGACUGGUAUUCAGUCCAACAGUUCCAUUUCUAAUUUUAAAGAGCAACCACAACAACCACAACAGAAAAUUAGUUUGCGGCCAGCACGUACUACUUCUUUGGAUGCAGAUAUCGAGAGACGUUCUUCGCUGCAAUUACUUGAUCAUGGUAAAAUUGAAGACGAGGAGAGAGCGCUGCGUCGCAGUACAAUGACAGCGUCAUCUUCUGCAGUAGCUGUGGCCUCGUCCAGUCAUACACUAGCUUCCAGCAGUAGCUUGGGAAAUGUUUACAACGGAGGCAAUACGCACGUUUCUAAUGAAUUUAUAAGCCCGGAGUUAGUGGCAUCAUCUUCUGCUUCGGCACUGAACACAACCAGUGCGAAUCUUAAAAUUGUUGGCGUUGGAAAUCGUGCCAUCAUCCAAACCAAUAGUUCGUGCUUAAAUAACUUCAUCUUUCCUGUUCUUUCUGAUAUUCAACGCAAAUAUAGCAAUUCCAGUAAGAAUUUGAACGUAUUAGAUAUAUCUGAUUUAAAAUCGGUAUUCGAAUUGGCUGAACGCAGCCGUCCUGGUGUCAGUGACUUGUUUCUCAAAGAAAUCAUUCACAAACUUGUACCCGGCUAUUCAGAGACUCGUAUCAACAAUAUCAUUGAUAGAUCAAUUAGACAUAAAAAAUAAAAAACUCCCUUUGAUGCCAAAGUCUGGCUUUGUUACAGAUUUUUGUGUUGUCUCCUCAUUUCACCUCCAAUUCCGAUGUUUUUGUUUUUCUUGAAUUAGAUUCUUCUACACUGUAUGUAAUAUUAUAUGUAUAUGUAUUUGGUCAAAGAAAUAUUCAAAUAUAUACAGACUAGAUAUAGAAUAUGUGCAAAACUGCGAACAGAUGCAGUGAAAUAGUAAACUUGAAUAUAUAUUUUUCAUUAUAGAAUACAAGAAUUUUAUCCUCUUAUGCAAGCUUAGGAAACAAAUCGAUUGUUUAAAUAGUUGCCAUUGAGUGAGUAUAACAUCAUCCAUCUUAGUGUUUCUCUGCUAAAUACAUUAGCGUAAAAAAUGUGGGCGGGUUUACAAAAGGAAUAUCACUUUUUUGGAAGUUUAUUUCGCUUGCAAAAAUUUGUACAAUAUUUCAAUGGAUAUAUUUAAUGAAGAAUG